AUGACAGUUCCACCUAUCAGUCAGUAUCCUCACUCUGUUACAUUCACUACACUACCUGAUAUGCCAGACAAUUUCUAUAGUAUAGCAGUACCUGCUGAUUCUUAUUACAAUGGUACUGUAAUCAUUAAUGGCAGUCUUACCACAUUAAACUGGACACCAAUCAGAGAUACUAAUGGAGUUAUCACUGGAUAUGGAUACAAUACUACAGCUGAUGGAUCUUCUACUAUCAAUCACAGUCAUCCUAAUGGCAGGAUAUAUGUCAGUGCUUAUGGAUUUUCACUUGGUGGUGGAUAUGGAUACAUUGCUGGAAUUCUAUUGCAACCAAUAAAUUGUGUACCAAUCUUCAUUUUUAAUUCGACUGUUUAUUAUGCUACAGAAGGUGACAACGAAGCAAUGAUAUUCAUUCAAAAGCAAAAGAUAAAUUCAUCCAUCAAUGUUAUACAAGUUUCAUCAAAAGAUUUUAAUGAGACAGUGACUUUUGCUGCUGAGGAGACACUCAAAGCAGUAUCCAUACCGAUACCUGAUGAUCACUAUACCGGUAGCACUGAGUACAUAAACUUGACUCUUAAUUCAGAAACAGACGAGGAAACUUGUGCAGAAACAACAAUUGUCAUUAAGGAUAAUGAUGAUUUGACUAUUGGAUUUACUGGUGGAGUGAUAAGUGAGGGGAUGGAACAGAUAAGCAUUGGCAUUCGUAUUUACAGUGGCAUCUUCAAACCUGGGUAUAUUGCUAGUAUUAAUAUGCAAAUAAAGAAUUCACAAGAUCAUUCAUCAUCAAUAAACAGUACUUUGGAGUUUCAGAGUAGCAUUGAUAGUUACACCAUUAUAUUUAAUGCUACACGGCUUGCAACUGAGCUCAACUUGAUAAAUCCGACUAAUAUUACUGCUCACUUGCUUCCUUUUGAUGAUGAUGAUCUCCUUGUCUCCAUCUCUCCUGCUACAUUAAACAUUACAAUGUCUAGUGAAUCUCCAAUACCUUCUUUAGCUAGCAAUACUGGUACGUAUUCUCAGUCCAGUAUGUAUUCUCAGUCCAGUACGUAUUCUCAGUCCAGUACGUAUUCUCAGUCCGGUACAUAUUCUCAGUCCGGUACGUAUUCUCAGUAUUCUGAUGCAGCCACUAAUUACUGUACUCCAUCAGUAUCUAUUGCAACCACCACAAGUACAUUACUUUUAACUGUUCAACAGCCAGCAAGUACAGUAUAUGUGACUGUUCAACCCACAAGAAGCAUUACUGGUAAUACAGUGUAUGUGACAGUUCAACCGACUGAUGCAGUAUCGACACAAGCUAGCAGUGACAGUAUCAAUAGUUCUAUCAUUGGUGGACUCCUCGUUGUUAUUGUAAUUGUUAUUACUAUUAUCAGCAUCAUUGCUGCAAUUAUUAUGUACAGGUGUGGUAAGAAAACUGGUCAAAUGGAGAGCAUUCAAAUCACUUCUACUACGACAGAAAUGAAGAGGGUUCCAUACGGCGUUACUAAUCCAGCUGCUAUUGAUUCACGAACUUCAGAGAGUCCUCAAGAAAUGUAUACUGAAAUGGCAUCAGUUGAUCCUCCUCCUCCUUCAAUGAAGUCCAACACUAUUUCGUACUCGCACUUAAAUCAAUAUCGUAAUUUUGCCACUAGCAAUCCUCACCCCAGGUCAUACACUAUGAUAAAUACAGCUACAAUGGACAGACCAACCGCAUAUGCUGAUGUUACUAGUCCUCUUCCCCCUCCUCCACAAAUAGUAGGAGAUGUACCUGAUCCUUUGAAUGAAGAAGAGGAAAUAUAUGAAGACAUGACAGCAACUGCACUAUAAACAUUUAUUUUAUUACUGCUAUCAGACAUUUAGUUUUGCUUUCAAAAAUAUUUAAAAUUUGACACUUUUCUCUAGCUAUGACAUUCUUAUUUAUAGGUCAAUCUCUCAAUGCCAGUACUUUAUUGCUUGAAUACAUUGUCAAAAUAGUUAUGAUGCUUCAUUUAA